UAUUUUGCCUGCCUGUAUUGUCUGUGCACCAUGUGCAUGCAGUGCCUGUGGAGGCCAGAAGGGGGCGUCUUAUCCUCUAAAACUGUAGGGUGACCCACCAUUUUACCAAAGGAAUUAAACCCAGCUAAUGUUGUGAACUGUUAAACCUCUGAGCCGGGUGGACGUAUGCAAUCUCAGUACACACGGUUUAUCUGGCAACUUUUGCCUUUCCUGAGCACAGGUAGGAACCAGCUGUAUUUCUAACAUCCAUUCAUAAGAAGGAGGGAAGUAAAGGGGUCCUGGGAAUUAAAGAAACCGUUACUAGGAGCUAUCUCCAGAGAUCAUGUACUUACAGGAGAUACCCUAAAGCCAUGUGGGGGUGAGGAGGCGGGGAGCGUGUGUAAGCAUUUAUGUGUGCCAUGCUGUGUGUAGAUCAGAGGGUGGCCCCUGGUGUUAGACUCCCUUUCGCCUGUUUCGAGACAGGGUCUCCUGUUUGCUGCUGUGAGCAGGUGGCCAUCCGUCUGCUGCUUGAGCUUCCAAGAGUUCUCCUGCCUCUCACUCCAGUUUUGCUUUGGGUGCUCUGGGAUCAUAGACAUGAGCUGCCCCUGAUUUUAUGUGGGUUCUUGGAUUCAGACAUGAGUCUACUCACGUGCAAAGUGCUUUACCUACUAGCUAUCUCCCCAGCCCUACCCCAAGAUUUCAACAGGCCCCACAAGGUUUAUCGACCCACAACAUGAACAAGUAGCUUGGAGAACAAUCCUCCCAGCCAAACUGCCACCCUCUACACGUUCAGCUGGGGGCUGUUUGCCAACAGUCGUCUCUGCUGGGCUGCUGUUGGUUCUCUCUUGGAAGGAAGGGCGGGGAGAGUGAUGAUGCCCUCACCUGAGUAUCCAGCUGCCCUCCCUCCCAGUUGUCUGCAAUUUUGCCCUAAUUGCACGUGGCCUUGCCUCAGGUUCUAGGGUAAGGGCUACAGCAUAUACACAGGGAAGGGCUAGGUGAGAGGUUCCUUCUGUGACGCUCCGGGGAAAAUUAGCAUUUCUGCCAAGUACAGAGCGUCUACGGGCUACUUUAAGGUCAUCCAUGCUCCUUCCCAUAACCCUUCACUCAUUGCUCAGUAAGUAAACUCAUUGGUUCCCCACCUCGGACUUCAGUUUGUCAUUGGAACCAUGGGAGGAGAGGGUAGAUGUUUAUGUCUCCAUCUAGGGAAGGAAUUUUAGCAACAAGUGUGUCCAUGGGGGUCCUGUGGAUAUGGCCUUUAGUGGGGGCAUGUCUGGGGCUAUAGGUGGUGAUAAAUGUUGGCGGAUCUGAGCUAGGAGAAACAUUCUUACCUGGUAGCAAAGGAGAUGAAGAAAUUAUAGAAACCAGAUAUGAUAGGCCGGACAUGAUGGUACACACCUUUAGCCCAGUAUUUGAGAGGUGGAGGCAGGAGAAUAGCAAGUUUAGGACAACCUAGGCUACGAAGGAAAUGGUACACUAGCCAGAGAUAUAGAGCAAGGCCCUGUCUCAGGUCCUCUCUCCCAGCAAAAGCAGAUAAAAUGACUCAGAAGUAGUGGCGUUUAGCAUGGGAAUAGCUGUAGUCCUGUCUCUCGUUAACCCUGCAUUACAACCUGUCAGGACAGCCACACGCUGUGGGUGGCCUGAUUCUGGCUGUGCAGAGCAUCUCUGAGGUGAGUUUGGGUGGCUGGCCACAGUGGAGAGGAAAGGACAGUUUGUUUCUGUUAUACACACCCGUGACAAGGAGCAUUGUAGAUUUGACGGUAAUUUGUGGCUAAGCCUCAGAGCAGGACCUGUCAGGUGAGACCAGUCUGAGGCUGAGAGUAGCAGGCUUCCCCCACUGAGAAGGCUUUCGACCAUAGAGAACCUGCUCAUACGUUAUAAGAAAGUCCAGGCCACCACAGCCCCAGAUGCCAGUGGCCACGAGUGUCCCAUGGUUUGUCUUCCUGAUGUCAUUUCCCUUGGUUUCAUUUUCUGUCCUGUGUGUGUACGCACGUGCGCACGCAUAUGUGUAAAUUACAUUUUAAUUUGUAGGAGGGCACAGGGCACACUCAACCACGGCAUGCCAGUGUAGGUCCAAGGACGUCUUGCAGGAGUCAUUUCUCUUCCUUCCACCAUGGAGAUCCUGGGGAUCAAACUCAGGUCAGCAGGCUCUGCAGCAGGCACCCUUACCCACUGGGCCAUCCUGCCAGGGUUUUCUAGCGGUUCUGUGCUAGGUGAUCUAAAAUGGACCCUUGAGUUUUAUCCCAUAAGACUCUAUUGCCUUCAAGGAUGUCACAGUUCCGUUGGAGAGCUCCAAGGUCCCAAAUGACUGGGCUAGGCAAGGAAGGCUCUUGAACAGCCGCGGCCAAGGACUACCUUCCCACCCUGUUCUCUGCUGGCUGGGACUUGAACAGCCAGUGACUUUUGCAAAGGAAUUCUCCAGUAUCGUUUUAAAAUCUAUUUCUGGGUCAGAUCUCUGUGGGGAUAGCUGAAAUUUGAAAAAGAAUAAGUGUUGGAAGAGCUUGAGGCCCAUAUGCCGGCAUGGGCCUUCACCUCCUGUUUGGGAGCUCAGGAACAUGACUGAGCUUUUCCCUCCAAUCCAGACUGCAAGGCCGGGCCUGCCCCUUCCCCGUGUGUCCCCUUAGUUGCUGGCGCCUCUUCCCCUUCCCAGUCCCGAGACUCUGAGUUUCCCCAUUUAGGCUGAGAGAAGAAACCUAAAGGGGGUCUCACACCAGCGUGCCCUAAAGCCACUUGUCCUCUCAUGUAGAACCUGUCAGCUGUAGUAUCAGGAGAGUUUGCCAUAUGCCAUGCUGUUCAAAGUCGGCCUUGGGCAGUUAAGCUAUGAAUAUGUCUUCUUAAAAAAAACAAACAAACCUAGGAAGCGCAAGGCCCUGGGUUUGGUCCCCAGCUCCGAAAAAAAAGAACCAAAAAAAACAAAAAACAAAAAACAAAAACAAAAAAAACAAAACAUUAAUAUCAAACCCAAAAAGGAAAGUGGGAAAAUGGAGAAAAAAAGAUCAGGGAAGAGUUCCCUUACAUUGUGCAACAUAAAUAAUAUUUUGCUGUAUUUGCUAAAUAUAAUUAGUUUACAUGGGCACACAUGUAUUAUGUGCACAAUUUCAGAUUCUCUUUAUGUUUCUACUAUUUAAAUUUUUACUUUAAAUUGUGGCAAAAUACACAGAUCAUGAAAUAUGUUAAUUGGAGACUUGCCUCUUGGAUAUAUUCGGUUGAAUUUGUCCUUGGAUAUUUGUAUAAAACCACUGAAACAAAAACUCAAGAUGUUGCGUUCCAUAACAGGAAGUUGUUCUACUAUUCCCAGUAAAGGGAACUGCAAAGUAGACUAUUUCCAAAUCCACCGUGCCGUGUAGCUGGCCAAAUAUGAAUCGAGUAUAUCACAACCUACUCGUUCCAGACUCUGACAUUUUCUUCAUGAUGAUGUUCUUGGAAGGCUGAGGUAGGAGGAUUGUGGGUUUGACCACUAUGGACGACAUAAGGAGUUGGGGGUCCAGUUUGGACUACAUAGCUAGACCUGUCUCAAAACAAUAAAACUGAAAGGACAUGAAGCAAAAGUUGUGAUUGUUAGAGCUAAUCUGAGCGUGCAGGAACCGAUGGAAGGCCGAACACUCCGCACAGCCCAGGGACUACAGGGACUGGUGGGGCCAGGCUGAACUAUACAUGGUAAAGCUGACAGCACAGCCUGGGCCUGAUGGUUGUCAACAAACUGCCACCAGCUGGCUGGGUACCAAGCCAUGGUACCAGAAGGUUGCAUUUCUCUCUCAGGAUUUGACUGACAGGACUAGGAUAAAUUCAACUGACCCCGUAUAUCUGUUAUCUGGUCUCUCCUUUUCCAAACUUCGCCAUUUUUAAGUUAUACAGUUCAGUUGUAUCUGAAAGAAACCCCUGCUUUAAGGUUUAAGUGGAUCGGGUCAGCUCCUUGGCGUUGGUGUGAACAGCGACUUUAAGACCUCUAAAAGUCCUCCGGCUACAGUGGGAGCCCUCUUACAGCUGCAGGGUGAUCUGAGUGACCUGUGGGGGUCUGAGCCUGUGGGGGCCGAACCACAGCCAACACAGCUUUGAGGAAGGACUUGGAGCAGGGCAGGACUUCAUAACUUAGGGUCAAGGGGCUAGUGACUCCAUGUGGGCCAGUGGCCAGGAAGCAAGAGGGGCUUGCAGGAGAUGAACCAGGUGCCACCAGCCACCUUCCACAUCUCCCUCCCUGGAAUGUGAGAAGAAUGGGGAUGGACUCUCCGAACAGGUCUGUACAAUGUGUGGUAUGUUGGGGAUCUGCAGACAGCAGCGUAAGCUGGUUUUCACAGGAUUCCCUGGAAGGCCGCACAGGGGAUGGAUGGAAGCCGUUAGCUGCUGGCAGGGCAAGAGGAAAGAAACUAGUGAGGAGAAGGCCAGGUGGCCAUGAGCAUUUCAUCCUAUAAACAUCCAUCAUUGAGUUCUGAGCCACCUCAGAUUAACAACCAGCACAUUAAACAAUUCAAAACUAAAAAGAGAACGUUGGUUUCAAGUUCCAUGAAGAUUUCUCUUAGUCUCAGCUGCUUACGACACCCCCAGAAGUUCUUUUUGCUAGCGCCUGGAUGGCCACCCCACAGGUGUCCCCAAUUAGCGCCUGUGAGGAGAUAGCCAGUGGCGGCCUGGCUUCAGGAAGCUCCGGGGCACAAGCAGCUCAAUGCCCUCGGCUCUCGGAUUCCAAGAACAGCUUGGUGGGUUAUAACCUUCGAGGGACAGCCUGCCCAACCCCAGCCUGGCACUGGUGUCCAUGGUUCAAGAGGUGGACUUUCCCCACCUUUUCUCCUUCCAAUGGCAUAGGGGGUAAAUUAACUCUCUGCAAUUAAAUAUAGAUGACAUACGUCAUUAGAAAGAAAAAAAAAGGGAACGCUUUUAAACAAAACCAAGUAAUUCCUGCUUUCAAGGCCAGAAGGUAUUUUUAGGGCAAGUUUGUGGUUUGAUGGUAUUACUCCUUCCACAGGCUGUGCACGAGAGCAGUCAGAGUCCAAAAUCUGGGCACCUCUAUGUCCAUUCAACUGGCCAGCUGUCUGCCUGGGUUAGAUUUGUGACUGUGCUUCCUCUGCCCUCCCUCCCUCCUUCCCUCCCUCCCUUCCUCCCUCUCUCCCUCCCUCCCUUCCUCCCUUCCUUCCUUCCUCCCUCUCUCCCUCCCUCCCUUCCUUCCUUCCUCCCUCCUUCCCUCCCUCCCUUCCUUUCUUCCUUCCUUCCUUCCUUCCUCCCUCCCUCCUUCCUUCCCUCCCUCCCUUCCUUCCUUCCAGAGAUCCACCUACCUCAGCUUCACCACCCAGUGGCCAUGCUUGGCUGUUUUUGCGAUGCCUGCCUAUUGUCACUCAAGGAUAUUCUGGCUGCAGGAUCCGCCCGCCCUCUGUAGAAAAUGUGAAAGAGAUUCUUGAAGGCCCACUUUGCAUUUGGGGCUCCAGAAACUCAAACAAUUCUCAGGCCCUUCUGGCAUCUGCAUAGAGCUAGAGCAGCCCCUGGGGUGGGGUGGGGUGAAUCUGGGAGCUAGGAGGGCAGAACAGAGAUGUGGAAAGGAGACUGGCACCGUUGACGUUGUGCAAAGCCCUGUAGGAAGGGAAGCCCGGGCUGGAUUGUGAAAGGCUUCUAUCCCUACGGGUGGCACAUAGACUUCCUCCUGCCUUUUCUGACCCUCUCCUGCGGUCACUGCAGGCUACAGCUGGACAAGCGUCCAGCUCACCCGAGCUGGCUGACAUCAUAGAGCCUUUGAGGGAAGGAACUUGCAGAAAUGGUGAAGUGGGCAAUGCCUUGGCUGAGCUUCCUACACCUGGGCUGCCUCGGGGACAGCUGUGAGGGCCGCUCCCUCACAGGCUCUGUUGUUUCACCCUCACUUUCUGGAUGAGCUGGGAGGCAGUAAUUUCCCUUUCUGAGCCCUACUUUGCUUAUCUAUUUUGGAGCCAUGAGUCAUCAUCACCUACAAACUGGCUUGGAGAAAGGGGAGGCUCCAGGCAGUGGUAACUGACCAUCGACCAUCGCUGUCUCAUCAUAGUGAGAGGGCCAGCACGGGUCUCAAGGAAGAUGCAUGGCUGGAGAUGUGUCUCUUAAACAUAAAUCUUUCCAGAAUGCCCCUGUAACUAUGUCCAGAAUUACAUUCCACUACCAGAGAGUUUUCUCUUGGUUUUUAAGUCACAAGAUGACCCAUGCCAUCUCCUGGUCCCGUGAAAUUGCUAUUCUUCUUUUUUAAUUAUUUUUCAGUCGGGCACAGUGUUAGGGGGUGGGAGAAGAACAGUAGGGGUGGCAGAUAACUAUAAUCCAAGCACUGAGGAGGCUAAGAUAGGAGAAUAAUGAGUUUGAGACUAGCCUGGAUCUGUCUUUAAAAAUGUUGUUAACGGAUACAUUACAACUGAGCUGGGGAGAUGUUGGUAAGGUACCUGCUAUGCAAUCAUGAGAACCCGAGUUUGCAUCCUCAGGACCUAUGUAAAAGCCAGACAGCAUCAGUAACCACUGUGCUGGGAAGCUGCAGACCAGUGGGUCCUGCAAGCUCAUUGGUCAGUCAGACUAAGUGAUUGGUUUAAGCUCCAUGAUCAGUAAGAGACCCUGUCUCAAAAUGAAUGAAUGAAUGAAUGAAUGAAUGAAUGAAUGAACAAAUAAAUAAGGUAAAGAACAAUCAAGGGAGGCCCCUGAAAGCUGACCUCUGACCUCCAAGAACAGCAAAAUGUGUCCACAUAAUGAGCAAGUACAUAUAACACACAUGCACAGGUACACAGAAGUGAACAUACACACACACACUGCACAUGUUAAUGGAGUAUCAUGAAAUGAAUUGAUAGCAGGUUGUAUCUAUUCUUUAAACUCUAUCAUUUCUACUGUGAAAUUUUCCAAAAAUUGUUAUUUUCAGCUUUUCAGAACAAGUGUACAAUAUUGUUCAGAGUCUGCUGUUCCUAGUUCAACUUCGCACGGAGGAAACAGGGAUGAUGAGGAAAAAAUGGCACUAGGAACUUGGACCCAGGUGGGGCUUGGCUGCCUCUAGGGUUAGAGAAGCCCUCGGGAUUCUGGGAUGAUGUUCGCUGAGGCCUCACACCCUGGGCAAUGGGUAGUGGAGCACAUGGGCAGGCCAGCCACCUCUAGGUGGGAGCAAGUAGCUUCUCCUGUGUGAGGACAGGGGGCCAGACGGGGCCCAGGGCUUCUCAUUCCGGUAGCAAGAGAAUGAGAAAUGGAACUGGGGCGCAAGAGAGUAAUGGACUGUGGCAGCUCUCAGCUUACCAUGUUCAAGGGACCACAGGCGGCCUGUUUGGCUAGAAGGAAAGACUGAGACACCAGAGGAGAUAAGGUUGGAGCUGGAGCAGGCCCAGAGCUCUGAGAAACCCCAGUGCCUGGCUGCUGACCAAUUAAGUCAAAUUUUCUGAGGGAGAAGUUAACCUGAAAUGUGUGGCCAUGGCAGAAUGCCUCUGGAGAGCACAGCUCUGGUGACCAGUCCAUUGCUGAUGGGGUUCACUCGGUCUUUAUCAUUUGCAUGGUUUCCUUGGCUCACCUGAGAAGCAGGUGAGUUUGAACGUUUGGGGUAUGUGUGUGUGUUGGGUUUUUGUGGUAAGUAUAUGUAGCGUAAAAUUUAGUAUUUUACCAGUGUUCAGGGUGUCAGUUAGUGGUAUUUAGCACACCUACUGUUUCUAGAACUGUUUAUUGUCUGAACAGAAACUACUUCUGUUAAACGAUAUGAGUCCCUCCCUUCCUGCCCUAGGUUUGCUUUCCAGGGCUGCGACAUAAUUCCUGAGGAACCAGUUGAUGAAGAGGGAAGGCUUCUGUGGGCCCAUGGUUUCGAAUGGUUACUUGGUCCCAUUGCAUUAGCCUGUAGUGAAACAGGACUUCAUUGGAGCAAAGCUGCUUACUUAUGGCAACCGGAAAGGAAGGUGGGGAAGAUUGUGGGAGAGGGGGAAUAGGGAAAGAGGAAGACAGGAGGGAAGAAGGAAGUGGAAGGGAAGGAGAGAUAGCAGGGAUGAGGUCAAGGGAAGAAAGCUGGGUCCUUCCUCAAGAGCAGGUCCCUAAUGAUGUAACUUCCUUUCACUAGGACCUACCUGCAAGGUUCUGCUACCCUGCCCUAGUGCCACAGGCAGGCAGCCAAGCCUCGACUGUAAGACUUGGGAGGACAUUCUCUCCUCACCCUGUUCUACUUGUAUGAGCAUUGGGGUGGGGGCGGGGAAGAGCUCUGGGUAUUGAACCUGAGGCCUUGCAUGUGCAAAGCAGGGACUCUCACCUGGCCGCCAUCACCACCUCUGGCUCUGUCCCUCUGUUGGUUUCACUUGCGUUUGUUGGUUGACAGGUUUCUACGUAGCCCAGGCUGCCCUUGAACUCAGCUGUACGUCCUCUAGAGCGACGCAGUUGAGGCUGUGUGCACCAUGUCCAGCCCCACUGUCUGCCUCUGCGAAUUUGAUUGGUCCGGGUAGGGUACCGACGUUCCUCACGUAGAGCCUCACCAUGUUUAUGCUUCUCUGGCUCAACAGACUUGACGUAGCAUCUGAGGCUCACUCACACUGUAGUAUUGCCAGGAGCUUUCUCUUCUUGACACAAUCGUGCAUGUUCUAUCAUAGGUCUGGGGUCUCAGAAAAUGGCCGCGUGAGCCGAAGUAUCUUGGUAAAGCAGGAAAGUGUUUACUUCAGGAAUUGAGCAGGCAAGCUCACCCACAGUGUGUCCUGUUGGGUUUUCAUUACUAAAGCAAAGGGGUCCUGUGCCGCGAUCUUAGUGAUCUGCCCUGGGCUCCCAUUCUAAUAGGACUCACCGACUUAGAACAUAUUUGACCAUUUUACAGAAAAGACAAUUUCUUUAAAAAAAAAAAAAAAAAAAAAAAGACUUACUUAUUUAUGUGAGAACACUGUAGCUGUUUUCAGACAGACCAGAAGAGGGCAUCAGAUCCCAUUACAGAUGGUUGUGAGCCACCAUGUGGUUGCUGGGAAUUGAACUCAGGACCUCUGGAAGAGCAGUCAGGUGCUCUUAACCGCUGAGCCAUCUCCCCAGCCCCAGCAAUUUCUUUAUAAUUCACACAGAGAGUAAGUGAACAUAUGCAUAGACUGCAUCCACCAUCCAUGGACACUUGACUGUCAGUCAAUACUGCUUUUCAUUCAGGAAGGAUCUAGAACUGUGGUUUCUGGAUCACAUGGUAAUGCAUUUUUAACUUUUCCAUUACAGUGUUGGGCUCAAACUCGGGCCCUUGCACACAUUAGGCAAGUGUUCUACCUUGAACUAGAGCCCUAGCCCGCCAUCAGCAACAUUAUGACACACUGGUUUUCAUACUGACUGACCCAUUUUAUAUUCCCGCAGCAACAGGGAAGAGAUACCUCCUCCCCUUCUCCUUCUCCUCCCCCCCUUCCUCCUUUUGUGUCAUGGCAACCCUAGUUGGCAUAAAGCCGCACUACACUGUGGUUUGAUUUGCAUUUUCCUGACGACUAAUGGUGCAGAGCUGUUCUGUGUUUGCUGACCCUGGGAUAUCUUCUUCAGAGACAUGUCUAUUCAGUACCUUUGCCCAUCUUGACCAGGUCAUUUGUCUUUUCUGUGAGUUCUUUCUACAGUCUAGACGCUCACCCUUUAACAGGUCCGUGAUUUUUCAAAUCGUGCAUUCUGUUUCAUAAGUUGUCUGUUUACACUCUUGAUGCUGUCCUUUGACGCACAAGCAUUUAAAUUUAACUCACUGUAUCCAAGCCCAGCCUACCCACUUUGUUUUGUCAUUAUGUCACAUUCAAGAGGACACUGGCGAAUUCUGUGUCAGGUCGCUUUCCUCUUCGAUUUUCUUUUCGGAUCUCUAUGGCUUUAGAUCUCACGUUUGUGCUGUGACAGAUUUUGCAUUGGGUUUUUUUUCCCACAUGGUAUAAGUGCAGGGACUUCACGGCCCACACAGGGUAUGAGGUACUCCUGCAGAGGCUGCUGGACGGCAGGAAGAUGUGCAAGGAUGUGGAGGAGCUGCUCAGACAGAGGGCCCAGGCGGAGGAGAGGUACGGGAAGGAGCUGGUGCAGAUUGCGCGCAAAGCUGGUGGCCAGACAGAGAUGAAUUCCCUGAGGACCUCCUUUGACUCUCUGAAGCAGCAAACAGAGAAUGUGGGCAGUGCACACAUCCAGCUGGCCCUGGCCCUGCGUGAGGAGCUGCGGAGCCUGGAGGAGUUCCGAGAGAGACAGAAAGAACAGCGGAAGAAGUAUGAGGCCGUCAUGGACCGUGUCCAGAAGAGCAAGCUGUCGCUCUACAAGAAGACCAUGGAGUCCAAGAAGUCAUAUGACCAGAAGUGCAGGGACGCAGAUGACGCUGAGCAGGCCUUCGAGCGAGUGAGUGCCAGUGGUCACCAAAAGCAAAUAGAAAAGAGCCAGACCAAAGCCAAGCAGUGCAAGGAGUCGGCCACAGAGGCAGAUCGAGUGUACAGGCAAAAUAUUGAACAACUGGAGAAAGCAAGGACCGAAUGGGAACAGGAACACCGGACCACCUGUGAGGCCUUCCAGCUGCAGGAGUUUGACCGGCUAACCAUCCUCCGCAAUGCCCUGUGGGUGCACUGUAACCAGCUCUCCAUGCAGUGUGUCAAGGACGAUGAGCUCUAUGAGGAAGUCCGGCUGACACUUGAGGGCUGUGAUGUGGAAGGUGAUAUCAAUGGCUUCAUCCAGUCCAAGAGCACUGGCAGAGAGCCCCCAGCUCCCGUGCCUUAUCAGAACUACUACGACCGGGAGGUCACCCCACUGACUGGCAGCCCUAUCGUCCAGACCUCCUGUGGUGUGAUAAAGAGGUUCUCUGGGCUGCUACAUGGAAGUCCCAAGACCACACCUUCUCAAGCUCCUGCCGCUUCCACAGAGACUCUGGCUCCCACCUCUGAGCAGAAAGAAUUGGUCUAUGCAUCCAUCGAAGUGCAGGCAACCCAGGGGAACCUUAACUCAGCAGCCCAGGACUACCGGGCGCUCUAUGACUACACGGCACAGAAUUCUGAUGAGCUGGACAUUUCUGCGGGAGACAUCCUGGCAGUCAUCCUGGAAGGGGAGGAUGGCUGGUGGACUGUGGAACGAAACGGACAACGUGGCUUUGUCCCUGGUUCGUACUUGGAGAAGCUCUGAGGAAAGACCAGCGGUCCCCACAUACCUCUGCCCGGCUGUGAGGUCAAGGACUGUUCCCAUCACCGCCCCGGCCUCUCGGGGUCAGAACCAUGGCUGGCUGCGCUGGGGAUGGGAUGGUUGCUGGCUACUCUCAAUAAACUUCUCCCAGGAGUAAA